AUGCCACUCUACAAGGAGCAUCUCAACAUAUUGGGCUGCCCUGAGGGUGGUGCCCCUGGAGACCAUCUGCGCCGUGGCGUCGUGGGCGUCUUCUGGCACAUUCUCCAGUUGUCAUCAGGUCAAUGUUGCCACUCCCCAUUCUUUGGGCGUGGUCCUUUUGCCGAGCUCCGCUGCUUCCAGUGGCCCCAGUACUUUAAGAUCAUUGAGGAGUGUGUGUCUCAGGUUGUGCUCCACCGCAGUGGCACUGACCCCGACUUCGGCUACCGCAAGCGCCUCGAUGUGGACUUCAGUCACCUCUUAGAUGUGUGUGUAGAUAAAGCUCGAUCUGAUGAGUACGAACAAAGAGCUUCAGAACUGGCACAGAAGUUUGACGAGGAGUUUCUAAGCAGACAGGAGUCACAAGCUCAGCUGGUUCAGUGUAAUGAUAAAAUAGCUGCACUCCAAGCGGAGCUGCUGGCCUUCCGCUCUCAGUUUGGGGCUGUACCGGUGGGUCUGUCCCCCCCCCAUGUUGGACAAGCAUCCUCUUCCUCAGCCCUUCAGUCUGGGGCUCCGUCGCCUGCUCCAGCAUCUGGGGCACCACAUCCCCCUCCUCCUCCUCCUCCUCCUCCUCCGCCUCCUUUACCUGGAUGCCCUCCCCCACCUCCCCCACCUGGAAUGCCUCCUCCAUUUGGUGCCCCCCCUCCACCCCCUCUAGGGUUUGGGGGUGGUCUAGGCUCCCCCACUCACCGUGCACUGCCUUAUGGCCUCAGGCCUAAGAAGGAUUUCAAGCCUGAGACCUCCAUGAAGCGCCUCAACUGGUCUAAGAUUCGUCCCCAGGAAAUGUCAGAGAGCUGUUUCUGGGUGCGGGCUGAUGAAAACCAAUAUGCGAAACCAGAAUUACUCUGCAGAGUUGCUCUCACUUUUGGUUCACAAAGAACAGUCUGGGUUAGCCCACCACAGUUUCACAAAGAACUAUUCAACACAUCUCAGUGGGUGGGGUCUGCAUCCGUCCGGGGAUACAAUCAGCGGGUUAGAGACGGGCGCUUUGUGCGGGAGGAUUCUCUCCCUGGUGAGCAUUUUUGCACGCUGUGGUGCGCUGACAGUGAGCUUUAUAGCAGCCCUCCCCCGGACUUCCCAGCUUCCCUAGAGCUAGACAUAUUGCUUGCUGCCCUCUCUCACUGCGUAGGAGAGGCGGCAGAACCCAUGGUAUAA